UCUUGGAUAAUUUUUGGGCGUAACCAAACAACCCCCAAGGCCUCUUUCACUUUCCUCUUCGCAAAACCGCAGAAACAGGGUUUAAGGUCGAAAUCGGAAAAACCAGCAUUGAAACAGUUCCAAGCGCAAUGAUGUUUCUGCGGCAAGCUGCAGCUUCUUUGCUUAAAAGAACUCGUAUUUCUUCAAAACUUUUCUCUGAUUCUCCAAAAACAGCUAUCAGCCCUUCGCCCACUUCACUUUCCAACAAAUUUAGAAUUUCGGAUCAAAAUUGUUUUCAAGGUUCUGAUUGGAGAAUGGAUCACAUGGAUCCUUGCCUGUGGAUGGUUAUCUAUGGACAAGCUGCUGUAUUUAUGGGGAUAAAUGCAAACCUUGUCCAAGCAGAAGGUGCUUCAAUUGAAUCAAGUUCUGGAAAUGAUGUGGAAGGGGCUAAAAUAACUGGGUUGCGCAAAAUUGAGGAUGGUUCUGUGGUGUCCAAUAUACAUACAUCUAAGUGGAGGGUUUUUACAGAUAAUGGGAGAGACUUUUUCUUGCAGGGGAAACUCGAGGAAGCUGAGAGGUUCUUUCUUUCUGCACUGCAAGAAGCCAAAGAAGGUUUUGGACAGAAUGAUCCUCAUGUUGCAUCUGCAUGCAACAAUCUGGCAGAACUCUAUCGAGUUAAAAAGGAAUUUAAUAAAGCAGAACCCUUGUACUUGGAAGCCAUCAACAUCCUGGAGAACUCAUAUGGUCAUGAAGAUAUACGUGUAGGGGUUGCCGUUCACAACCUUGGGCAAUUCUAUCUUGUGCAGAGGAAACUUGAGGAAGCCCGUGUAUGCUAUGAGCGUGCUGUAAAGAUAAAGCAGCAUGUACUGGGAGAGGACCACAUAGACUAUGCGGAUACAAUGUAUCAUCUGGGAAUGGUGCUGUAUCUCCAAGGAAAAGAGAGUGAUGCUGAAGCACUUAUUCAAGAUUCUAUUAGAAUAUUAGAGGGAUGUGGACAAGGGGAAUCAAUAUCAUGCAUCAGGAGAUUGAAAUAUCUCGCUCAGAUAUAUUUAAAAUCCAAUCGUUCCAUGGAGGCUGAAAAUACACAAAGGAAGAUCUUGCAUGUUAUGGAAUUAUCUAAGGGAUGGAAUUCAUUGGACACUGUAAAUGCUGCUGAAGCAUUGGCCCUGACUUUACAAUCAACUGGAAACUUAAGGGAAGCACAGGAGCUUUUUGAAAGGUGUCUUGAAGCCAGGAAAACCUUACUUCCGGACGAUCAUGUUCAGAUUGCUGCCAACAUGCUUCAUAUGGCAAGGAUGUUGAUGCUUAAAUCCAAUCAGUUAAGAAAGACACAUAUGGCUGAAGCAAUUGUUGAACUUGACAAGGCAAAAGAUUUUUUAGACAAUUCAUCAAGGAUAUCAGAGAAAGUGCUAAAUAAGUUGACAAAACAAAGAAGCAAACAAGACCAGCCAGUACCUGAGGAAACCCGUAGGGAUGUGCAUUCACAAUUGCUUAUACUGUUGCAAUCUCUUGAUGCUCUUGGAGUUUUGGAAGUCAGUAUGAAUGAACUACAAGAUUCAAAGGAAGAAUACUUAGCCACAAAUAUGGCAAAAAAUGCAUUUGUCCAAUGUAUUUCUGCUUACAAGGAGUACGGUCUAGAAAAAUCACUCAGUAAUUCCCCUGCAGUCAAGUCCGAGUACCUUUCAUGUUUGAAGCAUCUUUCUGCAUUGAUAGCUGACACAAGCGCCGAAGGAAUACAACACCUUAGCAGAACUAACUUGGAAGACCUGCAGAACGAAAUCAAGCGCGUCGAAGGUGAAAUUUCUGCUUACAAGAGAAGUAAACGCUCAUCAAGUAGCUGAUUUAGUUGCAUCAGGAUGAUAGAAAUAUGCUCCUCUUGAUGAAGCAGCAGGUUAGGCCCAUGCUAGCUGCCCCACAGACAGAACGAAGAGAUCUCAUCAUUUGUAGUAUUCUAUUUUCUUUUUCUUUUUCUUCUUCUUUUCCCCAAAUGAGGGGAAGUAUCUUUUGCAUAAAUCGUUUUUUUUACCCCUCUUCAUUUUCUCUUUCGAAUGUUCAUUUACUUUCUUGGUAGCUCUUGGAAGCCACCUGAGUUUGAUUCUAACUUAUUAAAUAAUCUUAGAUAACUAAUUAAAGAGAUGAAAUAAGAAACUCAUGUUCAUGUA